AUGUACGUUACGAAAAAAUUGCCCAUGUUGGGCUUCACCAGUGUCCUGUUUAUUGUGUGGAUCUGCAUUUUUUUGAUUCAUCAUAAUUGUAAACAAUGUAACAUUUUGGAAGAGUUAGGGAUAAGGUGCUACCAGCCUAGAAGCCUGUCUGAAGCAACGAACAAUAAGGAUGAUUCUAAUGAUAAUAAUGAUGGUGCCCCCACAACAGUAAAUGAAAGUGAGUCUCAAAAUGAAACUAAUAGUGCUAGUCAUACUAAUGAUUGUAAUAAUGUUAGUAAUAUUGAUAUUUUCCAUACACAAAAAUAUGAAGAUUUUUUAUCCAAGAUGAAGGAUAUCAAUUUAGGUGACCAACAAGUAUUAACAGCGCAAGAAAUAAAUAAGCUACUGGAUUCCCUUGGUUGUUUUUUAAAUAAAAAAAAAGCAAGGUUGAUUUUUUAUCACUACAAUAAAUUUAUGAAGAAACUGUAUCGUAAUUCAAUGGAUAGACUGUGGACAGCAUUUAUCUCAGCAGCACUACAAAAAGGAAUUCCUCAACCAGUGCAAUUAUAUUAUUGGAAAAAAUGUGAUGAUGACAUGAUGGCGUAUUUUGUUGACAUAGACGGAACCUUUUUAGAUAAAUUUCGAUCAUAUUUACCGAAAGGAAAUAUAUUAUCAAGCAUGAAAUUUUUUUCAUGGUUAACUAAUUACAAGAACUUAUGGAUGAAGGAAUUAGAAGAACAUGAAAAGAAAUGGUCCAAUAGUCUAAAGGAAAAUUUGGAUAAUUGUGUAAAGUGGUAA